CCUCUGGAGCCGUCCGGGUCAACCUAACCUAACCUAUAGCGAAGGCUAUGCAAUACCAGAACUAUACCAUAACUCUCCGUAACUGUCCGUAACUGUCCGUAACUCUCUCACUUCCAACAACUGUUGGAACAGUGAAAACAGAUUUGAGUUCUUAUCCCCUCGAAAGUUAUAGCCGUGGAAAGGGAAAUGGCGAAGCACUUGGGUUAUUCUGCGCGUAGAUAGAUUUACAGCUCUUGCAGACCCUCUGGGGUGGCUUUAUAGCUGCCUCCCGGCACUCCUGGUUGUUGUAAACCUGUAGGCACGAAGGAUGUGUCGGGGCCCACUCUGAACCUGUUCCAGUCUCGGGCUGUCUCUCUCUCUGUCUCUGUUUUCUCAGUCGGGGAUCAUACCUGCCUGGCCCCAUGCCGAUUGGGUUGUCCAUUUGGAGCUGGCAGGUGGCAGAUGGCAGGUUAUCCUCUUCUCGGCCCGUGAUCUAUGGGGGGCCAUCUUUGGGUGCCAGCCAGUCGGGUGCCGGCAUGACAACCCCAAAGUCGACAGGCAAAAGCCCAUAGACGAUCGAUCGUCUUCAGAGAUUGCACAUGCAAAAGAUACACAGGUAUUCCGCAAGGGAUUCAUUCCUUAUCUGGAACGUGGAGCGAAGGAUCUUCUACGCGCAUGUUUCCUUGAUAGACUACAGAGUACCAGGUACCAGGUACCAGGAUGUUCCAUAAAGCGUGGUCAGCCCCGCCCAGGACUGGGUCCCAGAAUCCUGCGAGGCAGAGUCCUACGCCUGCGAGGCAUAUACACUUGGUUUUAGUGCCGGUCUCUGAUUAUAGUAAAGCCCACUCUGAACCUGUUCCAGUCUCGGGCUGUCUCUGUCUCUGUUUUCUCAGUCAGUCUCCAAAUCAGGCGCUGAAACUAUUGCCACAAGCAAGUGCAAGUGUGUUGCUUACAGUUUUCACCGACUCGUUUGCCCGUUGCUCGCUUGAGAAGUCGAAAGGUUUACCCAGGAGACGGAAAAUCCGGAAAAAGAGACGAGAGAUGCCUGCAAAGAAAAAAGUUGAAGGCAAAGCUAAAGCCGCGAGUGGGGAGUCGCUGCGUGGGGAUACAGGAUCUGCGGCAACCGCGACUGUGGUUCGGCGCCAAAUGCCGCCGCGCGCCUGCAAGAGCAAGAGCCAGAGCGCCGCCAGUCCCAGUCUUAGUCCCAGCCACCAGCAGCCCAGCCGCCAGCCAGACGCCGACCACCGGUUCCCAGGCGCCAUCGCAGACCAUCGCAAAGUCGAGGCCCACCGGUCUCGAGACGAUUUUGAGCGGCCCGGCGAUGAGGACGCCGCCCAGGUGGAGGACGAUGACCCGACUAGCAGCCAUGCCGUGGCAUUCGGCGAGUGCCAGCGCCGCGGCCUCGCCCUGGGUACGGGCGAAAAAAAAACGAACCCUGUCGCAGAAGCGCUGCCUGAAGGUACGCAACACCUUGGGCGAACGCAGCACCCGGCACAUGAUGACAAUGCGGGCGUUCCAAAGCGAGCGAUUGAUACGAUACAUUCACGAGUACUCAUGCCCAAGCCCGAGCCCGAGUACUCUGUGCAGCAUCCACAUCGGGGAAUCAACAUAAAUGGGUGGCUCCGCGGACGGUGUUCCAGCAGUCGCGCUUGGGCGGUCCGAGUGAGCAGUAACGGAUCUUCUGCAGAAAUCACUGCAUAGAUACUGUUGUGAAAUCAUCAUCGUUCCUUCUGUUUCGUAGAUCAGACGCGUUUUUGUUUGGCGCUCCGCAUAUUUUCCCUUUGUUUUACAUAAACAACCGGUGUUUUCUUAAAUAAACAUUAAAUACCUUUCUAAUCCACCUACUAUCUGUAAACCUAUUCUAUUCCGCGAGUGCAUGCCUUUUGAUUUGUGUUUAAUCAUUAUUUAUUGAACUUAAAAUUGUUCGGCGUCGGGUUGUUGUGUUUGUGUUGUUGCCGUGAGUACAUUACAUUGCAUUACAGCUCUCGUCUCUCGUCUCGUG